CCCGUCCUCUGUGUCAUCCCGGUGAACACAGAAAAGGUGCCGUAAUAUUGGUAACGCUGGUCAGGUGUCAAGUGUCAAGAGUUUGUUUUGGUUUCACGCUAUUACGUGUUUGUGUCAAGUUUCAGGUUGCAUUGAUACUGCAGAUUGAAUAGGCAAGAUGUUGUCGAGUAUGGUAAAAGAGCACCAGACCAGACAGCAGAAUCGGAAAGAAGAACAGGAAAGGCGAAGAAAGGAGGCUGUGCAGGCUAGCAGUAAUCUAACCCAGGCUCUGGUUGAUCAUCUCAAUGUUGGUGUUGCACAGGCUUACUUAAACCAAAAGAGGCUGGACAGCGAGGCGAGCCAACUUGAGCAGAAUGCGACUAACUUCCAGCGUCAAACGUCUCAAUGGUUGGGUCUCAUCUCCUCUUUUACGGAUUCCAUGAAAGAAGUGGGGCAUGUCCAGAAUUGGGCGACCACCAUUGAAUCGGACAUGAGGACAAUUUCCACAGCUUUGGAAUAUGCUUACAAAGUUGAACAGCAAGCAAGCACUGGAGGAGGAUCAGCUACAUAGUUUAUAUUAUGUUGUCAGAUUAAAUAUUAUUUUUCAAUGUUUAUAUUAUUACAUAAGCAAAUGUGUAGCCCAAACCCUAUAAUAAUAUACUAAAUGUUUUGCAUAUGUACAUCUGUGAUAUUGAAGAAAUUAUACAUCAACUUAGGAUGUGUUAAAUUAGUCUUGACCAAUAGUUUAUGAAAGCAAGU